CUUGUAUCGAUACAUUCGAGGUGGGAGCAUCGAUGGAACGAAACCAACAAAUGAAUGGCAUUCAGGAAGUAUCUGCUUCGGGAGAUGGUUGUUGUUUUGAAUGGUCUUCAUGGUGCUUCCUCAAAAAUUACGCAAAAUGGUGAGAUCACCGAAGGUAAAAAUGGACACCGCCACGGGCUCAGGAUUAAUGGAGGAGUACGACUUGAUGAAGCAAUCCAAAUAUCGGGUGUACAUGUCCAACAUCGAUAAGGCACUGAAGAACUUCGAGUACUCGAGCGAGUGGGCCGAUCUGAUCUCGGCACUCGGGAAACUAAACAAGGUCAUCUCCUCCAACUCACAGUAUCAGAUAAUUCCCAGGCGGAUUAAAAUUUCGAAACGUUUGGCACAGUGUAUGCAUCCAGCACUGCCAUCCGGAGUGCAUCUCAAGGCUCUGGAAUCGUACGAUGUGAUAUUCAGCAAUAUUGGGGUAGACCGACUGGCUUCGGAGCUGUUCAUUUAUAGUGCGGGAUUGUUUCCCUUGCUGGGUUAUUCAGCUAUGAACGUGAGGCCCACCCUGCUUUCAAUUUACGAAAAGUAUUUUGUUCCUCUGGGCGAAAAGCUGCGGCCUGCACUCAGUGGUUUUCUGAGUGGCGUAUUCCCUGGUCUAGAAUCCGGACAGGAUCAUUUCGAACGAAUCAGUUCCCUGCUAGACAAAGUUUGUGCCGCGGUAAAACCAGAAUGCUUCUACACCUGCCUGUGGGAAUGCAUAGUCACAAAUGCUUCCGUACGUCUGCCCGCAAUCAGCUACGUGCUGGAACAUUUUGAUAAAAAGCGAGCCUGUUCGGAGCAGAAACAACUGAUGGGAGGCAGUGUGGAACUUCUGGUAACCGGUUUGUGUAGCUGUCUCAACGAUUCAGUAAUAUUGGUGCAGCGGAAUACUCUGGAGUUUCUGCUCUUGGCAUUCCCAAUGCAUGCAAUGAUUCUCUCACAACGAGAUGUUACAAAACUAGUUAAAACUGCUCUCAAUACUAUCUUGCGGCGAGACAUGUCGCUUAACCGUCGACUCUAUUCAUGGCUUCUGGGCGCAGAUACCAGUCUUGGGAAACAUUUGGAAGACAUCGGCCACGAUGGAGAAACCACCGACCCAAACACCUACUUUGAGACUCACUCAAAGCUAGUUCUUAUCAGUGCAUAUAAACUAAUUCUUAGGGCCAGUGUAACGUCCAGCCCGCCAGAUCUUAGCCCCUAUAGAAUACUAAUCUCAUUGCUCGACAAGGCUGAAAUCGGCCAGCGCAUACUGGAUGACGUGCUGUGCGACAUCAUCCGUACCAUUUCAUUGUGCAAUGGAAACCUGGAAGUGCAAAAGAAUGCCAACGUACUGUUUUCCACGUUCGAUCCUUCAUACAUCUGGAACUAUAUGACCACCCUCUACCGGGAUGGAGCAGCGAAGAAAGAUUCGAGGACAUCUUCUUCUGGAGGUGACGGUGGGAGUGGCAGAGCUGGCAGCAUCAACUUCACCAACAUCAAGGACAAUAUCCGAAUAGACGCCGGUCCACCCGGUACGGUUGAGUUGUGCUAUCUGACGGAAUUUCUACUGGAGACGCUCUCGCUGGAGAUCUACAACGAAACGACGCGGGUGUAUCUGCCAAAGUUCUUGCUCUCGCUGAUCCGGAUGUUGACAGUGUACGCAGAGAACAUGACCUCCAACGAAGUAGCCGCCUCGCUGCGGCUGUGCGUGAAGAUUGUUUCGAAAGUGCAGCCGAUGAUUAUGUCGGAGAAGGUACUUGACCUAUCGAUCAGCACCCGCAGCAAUAGUGUUACCACGGAAGGCCAGGAAGCAAAGGAAACAGUUUCGCUCGAAAAGAGUAAUUCAGACUCGAAGAUCCACGAAACCUCUCUUCAGGUAGUUCAGGACAGUUCCUUCACUCGAUCGAGCUCCAGCCAGGGCCUGAACAAGAAGGGGAAGUACAGCAAAAAAUCGAAGAAAUCCAAAUCCUACACCAAGUUGAGUGAUCUGGAUCAGAGCACGUCGGCGAGCAAAAGUACCGCCAAUGUAAGCGUAAUGUCCAACGGGGCGAGUGGAUCGCACACGACGAUUGCCACGGCAAGCUCAACGCCCAAUUUGAAGAACGAAGAUGUCACUGGAGGUGAAUCGAGUCAGGAGGAGCGGCAGAGUCUGAACAGCGACAAGGAGGACGUCCAGUCGGAUAUUGUGAUUAAGGUUACGAGGCAGAUUGCACCGGCCCAGCUGCCAGAUUGUCCUAUUUUAGAGAAGUGUAUCAAACAGUAUGUGUUGUUCUAUGAACUUUACGUGUGCCGGCAGAUCUUCGAUGGAUCGAAUGUGGAAUCGAUGGGAAGUUCGGCAUCAUCGUCGGAACAGGUUAGCUUGCAAGACAACCUCUUCAUAAAUCCGAGCGAUAGCAAGUGUUUGUUGAACGACGACGUGUAUGUGAUAAAUGCACUGCAGCCUGAGCUCGAGGACACUUUCCAGACCUUGAAGAUUGUGGGGGUGUCCGAUAGUAAAAAGUUGAAAGCGAUUUUGGCGAAGACGAUAGAUCGUGAACGAAAUAGUGAAGUGUUUGAGCAGUGGAGUGCGACAGAUACCGGUACGAAACGAGGCAUGUAUGAAAUAGAUUCUCUUUUGGAGAGCAAUGAGAAGCUUAAACGAGUGAUCAAUGCCAGGAUAUCGGAAUCGCUAAGAAGUGCUCUCAAACUGGCAUGCAACGUACUGACGGAAAUGUCAUCUUUUCCGAGCUACGGAAACGAUAGUGGUUUUAAUGAAAAAUGUGAUAACAUACCAGGCUGGUUAAAAGCACUGACUAUUUUGGCUGCGUUCAUCGGGGAUUUGGACACACAACUGUCUGCCGCGCAGACUCUGAUCGACAUGAUCAGUUUACUGCGGACAAAUGAUCGAAAGCCCAAAUCCAGCAGUUCCGGUACAACGUUUGUGAUGAUGAUGCCCUUGCUAAAGUUGUCCCACGUGCUUUACCUGGAGAAGAAAACAAAGGUGUUCCAGGUGCUAACUAGUAUGCUGUGGAACCAUCUGGAAGCUGGACGCUCCGAAGCUCGAAACAUCAGUGUACUGCUGUACCGAAUACACAGCUGCUUGGAUCCGAAGUUCACCGAAGAUGUCAUCAUAAGCAAGGUAAUCGUGCCGCAGAGAGAAAAUAGUGGAUCGGACCGUCAUAAUCUGCACGUGUUUUGGUCCAUUCCGGCUCUGUCGACUACGGAACUUAAAAUCGAACCAGCAGAAUUUCGACGAUUCCAACUCCUCUGGAAGCUCGGUCGUGAUACCCAUCAUGGGAAAGAGUUUGAAAAAUUGUUAUUUCUGAUCUUGGACGUGCUAACAUUGCCGAGCAAUUUGUCGAUGCAGGUCACUGUUUCAAAGUGGCUACAGGAAGCAUUGGUUCGAGGGGACAUGGGACGAAUCUUAAAACCUUUGCUAAAGAUCCUGCUGAAUGAAAGUACAAAACGGAUGAGCAUCAUCUACACGAAACGAUACAAACAGGAUAACGACACCGGCAGUGAAUGGGAGAAGGAUCUCGUGGCGGACGGAGACUCGUUUCUGGACAAAGAAUGCUUCGCUGUGAGUUCCGAAGAUGGGUGCAUCCGAUAUCACAUGGAUAACGUACUGAGUAAAAAACGUAGUCCAAUUAGGACCAUUCAAAAGAAAAUAUUCGGAGUCUCAAUCGGCUCAAAGGCCAACAGCAGCCAAGUAUCGAAUUACAUAACGAGCGACAGUUCAAAGGAAGUGGCAGCAACUGCAGCCACAGACGAUAACUUCACCAAGAUCUCGUUCAUUAUAAACCCACUGGAGAAGGAGCUGAACGGGAAGAGCCCUAAAGCGUUGCGAAACAGAUCUAAUUCGAUGGGAUUGAUCGACUGCGAACCGAGUGCGGUGGAGUCGGGAUCGCUUCCCAACGGAAUCGAUAAGAAAGAAUUCCAUAGGUCUACUUCGGAUAUUGACGAAGCAAGCGACGGAGAUUUCGAACGAAAGAAGGGCCGAUUGAGUGAGGGUAGCUACAGUCGAUCCACGACGGCAGCGGGUUUUUACGAUACUGAAACAAUCAAACGGUACGUAGAAGACGGUCCCAUCAAGGACUUUGUCAGCAUAUCGGGUGACCGAUUCAAGAAUAGAAAAACCUACCUUAUCUCUUCCAGCGCUUCGGGCGGGAUGUCAAUGGAUGAUGAGGGCUUUGUGUCAACGCUGUCCGAGCGCACUCUAAACUAUUCGUUAACGUCCAAUGCAUCGUCAUCCAUCACAGCAACGGGGAACGAUGCAGAAAUUGUGUUUGGAACAGGACCGGGAGAUCCCCCAGCGACUGCUUCGGAAACGCCCUCGAGCGGCAGCGUCUUCGGGGGCGAUUCGCAACGUAGUAGCAGCAAUAGCAAGGACAGCGCUAAGGCCAGAGAUGGCGAGCUGUUUGGAUUUGGUCGUCGUAAGAACUGGAGAAAUUUGUCCAAAUUAUAUCCGUUCCACACCCAUUUCCUAAUUUAUGAAUCAAUAUUCAAUACCAAACAGAUUCUUUACACCUUGGAGACGUUGAAGAAUAUUUUAGUGAAUGAUAACAGGUUCUUCCUUUGCCUUUCCGUUACAACUUCGGUUUCGAGCAGUCAGAUUCGGAACUUACUGGUACGGCAUCGAAGGAACGUUUUCGGCAAAAGUUUUACUGAUGGACACGACGAAGCUGAGUAUCAAAGCAUGUACAGAGGAUGUAUGUACUUGGAGGUCAUCGUGACGCUUUUACUUUACUAUACUCGAAGCUAUUAUCAAAAGGACGAAGAGCUGAAGGCUCAACCCUCCAAAGACGAUCUGAAUGGGAACUCCAAAAUUCAACUGGAAUGUAUAAAACUGAUGACUAAAAUUUUCUCUGAACUCCUGACAAUCGUCAAGGAUGUCGGUAAAAACUUGGCAAAUUACAUCGCCGAUCUGAUGGAGAAAUGUAAAGUUCAGAAAAUUCUUCUGUACUGCUUGACGUCGUCGGUCAACUAUUUUACGUCGCCUCAAUGUUACACUUACUCCGACGAGAUCUUAGUUUUCAAUGAUCCGGAAAGUUCUCGUCUCUACGCAGAAGCCUACCAGAUCGAACUGCUCAAUCUUAUUUUAGCCGUAAUCAAAUUAGAACACGAAAUCAUGAUUCAGAGAAAUGACGAACGAUUCAAUGAGGGCAUCAAGAACGUCCUUUCCAGCAACUCUCCGACGCGACAUGCCCCCGAGAACAAACGCAUCUACAAGUACAUUCCUAAUCAGCUGGUUAGUCAACAACCCAUGUUCUUAUCGGCUGUCUUAUCUGCGCUGCAUUCGGAUAAGUUGAAACACAUCCAUAAAAGUUGGACCGACAUGAUAACAUCCUGCCUCACCUAUCUCCCCUUGAACAAUCUGACCAACAUCGUCAUCAGCAUUAUCCAUCAGCUGUGUGCAAACUUGGACCGCAUCACCAAACGGGAUAGGAUUCACAACCAGUGUACCGAUUACAUUGUGUCCCAGCUGGAGGCCAUCACAGUAUUAUCGCACUACUGUCUGUUAGACAGCUCCCAGCAAAUCUCCCUGGCGAACGUUUUCAGUCCCUCGAGCAAUCUUACUUCCCCGUCUACUAACUCCGGUCAAAUCAUUAACAGUAUCGUGAACGUGUUUCUCUCUUCCUCUCUUUUGAACGAGAACCAAGCCAAAAGGAGGCACCAAAAGGGGCCCAGAACUGCAAGCCUUAGUCUACUGCCCCGGAGCGUUAUCACCAUUGCCACGCUCUGGGAAACCAGCAUUAGCGAGUUCCGACACGUGAAGCACCAGCUGCUAGAAUUUCUUAGUCCAAUCUCACUGCACUACGGCACAAACUUUCUCACUGCCAUUUCUGUCGCUUGGUACGAACGCAGUAGUGACAUAUUCAACACCGCAAUCCCAAUAGAUAGCAUCUCGGCCGACGGUAACGCCGACGGCAUCGAUUUCUUCGAGGUCAUGGCCAAAGCAUUACCUCAAGCGAACGAGAAUCAACUUUUGCUCGUCAAGUUAAUCUCCGGUAUUCGGAUCAUGUCGGUUGAUUCGUUCAUCCAAACCAUGCACCAAGUCAUAAAAUCUCCCCCACAAAUCUACCAACCUCCCGUUGGGUUCAACAUCGAGGUCAGUGCCCUAGAGUUGUUGUUCUUCUACCUGCAGAGCGUUGCUCAAGCCCAUUUCAAUGACUGCUGGAGUUCACUGUAUGCUCUGCUCAAAGACUGCCUCUCGCUGCAAAUCCCGGCCCAAUUCGUCGCUCUGUCCAUCCUGAACGAGUUUGUUCAGCGGUGCUCGGUGAUUCCUUUUGCGGAUAAAAAGGAUCUACGGGAUCUGCACGACGUCACGCAGCGGUUGGUGGAAGCCAUCUCCAAUGUGGCGGGUUCGUGUUUGGAACAAACCACCUGGCUGCGGCGAAAUCUUUCGGUGAAGGAAGAGUUUAGCUCGAUCGAGAGCACUAAGGACGGGCUGCUGAUGCCAUCCAAUCAGCACUACUCCAUUCAGGCGCAAUCGAUUCUGGCAAGCAUUCUCGCGCCGUUGUUAGACGUGGUGUUCAGUUCCCAGGAGAAGGACAAGGUAACCGCGGUGGUGACCGGCGUUAUGUACAACAUUGUGCCUUAUCUAAAAACUCACACGGUAAAGAACAUUCCGACGUUCCACGCGUGCUCUCACUUGCUGGCGAGUUUGAGUACCUAUCAGUAUACUCGGAAGGCAUGGAGAAAGGACGCCCUUGAUCUGUUGCUGGAUGCAACCUUCUUCCAGUUUGACAGCCGCUGCUUGCCCUAUUGGAAAACUAUCCUCGAUAGUUUGAUGACCUGUGAUAAUACCACUUUUAGAGAUCUUAUGAAUCGCUUGCCACUAGCACAAACCGGAUCGCUAAACAUAUUCACUUCUAAGGAGCAGGAAUAUGAACAACGGGCUCUGCUAUUGAAGCGAUUGGCCUUCGUCAUUUUCUGCAGUGAAGUGGAUCAGUACCACAAAUAUAUGCCGGAGAUUCAAGAACAACUUGCCAACAGCCUAAGACUACCCCAGGUUGUACCCCUAAUACAGUCGGCGGUAUUCCUCUGUUUCCGGGUGCUACUUUUGCGGAUGUCGGCCGACAACGUAACUAGUCUCUGGCCGAUCAUCAUCGCCGAAAUGGUUCAGGUGUUCCUUUCCAUCGAACAAGAACUGAUGACAGAUACUGAGGAAUUUAGCCAACAUAUUCGGAUGCUGUCCGGAUUGGACACGGCGUGGGUAACCAACACAAACAACGGACUGUACUCGUACGGGCAUCCGCACUGGAGAAUGGUACAGCUGGAAACCGCUAAGCUGCUGGAGCUGGGUUGUGUCCUCCCGGCGACCAUUCUGCCACACUUCCAAAUGUACCGCUGGGCGUUCGUCAGUAGCCAAAACGAACACUUACUAAGGCCGGGAAGCUACGAUGAAGCGAAAAGUAUUGCUUUCAUACCGCACGUGACCCGAAUAUCGCAGUUGAUGGACUUCCGAUACACGUCACAUUCACCGAAGGCCCAAACCACCAAGGGCAGCCACAUCAUGCUAACCUGCCAGUCGAUCAACACCCUGCAGGAUCUGUACAGUUUCUUCUCGACGCUGUCGAUGCGAUGGCCUUCGCACAUCUCCUACACGGCCGACACGGAAAAGGACACCAAGAGCUGCCUCGACGAGGUGGAGAAAGUGCUGGCACUGGACUUCCUCGAAAAGAUGCCGUCAACGGUUAAGUAGGAGCGCGCACUGGGAAAUACGGUCGCCAUCUGCGUUCGGACUUGUGUUCGUUUCGGGAUGGGGCGUGUCUUUGAGCAGCAGUAUUGUAUAUGUGACCGACUAGUUUAUGAAAUUCGUGAUUUGUGAUCCUUUAGAUACUUCUUUUUUUUAAUUGUUGAUUAGUCCCCCUCUCUAUUAUUGAUCAUGUACAGACGAAAUUUACAAAAUUAACGCUAUUUAUUCUAAAUUAUUUUUAAGUGAUAGUCUGUAAAUAAAAUAAGCCACGUGUGGUGGUAAUGACUAUAAAAAAGGCCAACGUUUGUACUCUUCUGAGUAGUGAAAUGUGAAAAGUGAUAUGACGGAAGAGGAGAUUUAGCACACAAGGUGAAGAUGGAUACGCACUUCACGACUAAGCUUACAAAAAGCUGUUCAGAGAUCUAAUUUAAAACAAACGUCUAAAUAAGAAAUCUAUGGAGCGUGGAUUCUGCAUGUUAAGCUAGCUUAUUUUUUCAAUAGUUGCAGAAGUUCCUUGAAUAUAUAUAUAAUAGCAAAUCAAAAAUUGAGUAUCGAAAGAAAAAAAAAAGAUUCAGGAUAAGAGAACAGUAAUUUUUCGGAAAGUAAGAUACAAUCUAGUGAUCAACCAUGGCGCAGUGAAUGCUAAAUAGAUAUGUGAUUACCUAAAUAUAUUUUUAAAACAUUUGCGAUUGUUUUAAAAAUGUUAA